ACAUAUAUACAACUUUAGUGACAGUCACUUGUUUGUUUCUUGUUUGGUCAAUAAAUAUUUUUUAAUCAACGUCAAACAUUAUGGUAAAAGUGAAUAAAUGAAUAAGAAUUCGAUAAAUUAAAGAAAAAUUGAAAAAAAACCGAUUUGGAAAUAAAAUAAUAAAUUCAGUCCAAUUGAGAGAAAGAGAAUCGAUUGACUCGAAUACUUGGAAACCAAAGUGAAUUUGAUAUUUUAUUAAUGCUAAAAAUAUGGCUCAAGAAGUUGAAGAAACAAUGAAACGCAUUCAAUCCCAUAAGGGUGUUGUUGGGACAAUUGUUGUUAACUCAGAAGGCAUCCCUAUAAAAACAACAUUGGAUAAUACAACAACAGUGCAAUAUGCGGGAUUAAUUAGUCAACUAUCAGAUAAGGCUCGUUCAGUUGUUCGUGAUUUGGAUCCUACGAAUGAUUUAACUUUUUUGCGUAUACGCAGUAAAAAGCAUGAAGUAAUGGUUGCACCUGAUAAAGAAUUUAUACUUAUUGUGAUACAAAAUCCUGUUGAUUAAAUAAAAAAAAAGAAACUGUAGAUAAUAAAAUUUAAAAAAAAAAUGAUACAGUAAAAAAUUUAAUAAAUUUUUUGCAUUCAAAAAGAAAAAAAAAUUGCUUUUAUAACAUUUUUCCUUCUAAUUCCAAUAUAAUUUGAACAAUAAAUUAUUUGUUCUGGAUUUAUAAAAAGAAUAAAUAUAUUUAAAAAAAUUAAAA